UACACGUAGGACAGUGAGGCUCGGAGUGCGACGGUCCGUCAAGGUCGCCCGGGUGCUCACUUUUUCCAGCCUCGCUCGACCUACAGGGUCCCACGAUGGCGAUGUCGCCGACCCACCAGACACAGAUGUCUGUGACCUUUGAUGAUGUGGCUGUGACUUUCACCCAGGAGGAGUGGGGGCACCUUGAUCUGGCCCAGAGGACCCUGUACCAGCAAGUGAUGCUAGAAAAUUGUAAGCUCCUGGUGUCUCUGGGGUGUCCUGUUCCCAGACCUGAGCUGAUCUACCAGCUGGAGCACAGGCAGGAGCUAUGGACGGUGAAGAAAGACCUCUCGCAAAGUACCUGUCCAGGUGACAAAGAAAAAUUCAAGACCACAGAACUUACUACCACUUGUGAGCCAGUCCUGUCUGAGGAAGCCUUACUUUGGGAACACAUAACGCAAAAAGUUCCAGGGGAGCCCCAGGUGGACCAAACCAAGGAUCAGAAUGGGCCAUCAGAAUUGAAUAGAGGACACAUAAGAUCAGGAAUAGACCUCCAGAAGGAGAAGCUCCUUGAGAACCCUGAACAUGGUGGCUUAGGGAUAGCUAAUGGUGUAUGUUCAAGGAUUGUACAGGAACCAGUCCUUCCAGGACGUGCUGUUCUUGACCAUGACUCACGUAAAUCAGGUAAAGAUCCCAUGGUUCAGGAAGAGGAAAAUAUCUUUAAAUGCAAUGAAUGUGGGAAAGUUUUUAACAAGAAACACCUUCUUGUUGGACAUGAAAAGAUUCACUCGGGAGUGAAGCCCUAUGAAUGCACAGAGUGUGGGAAAACCUUUAUUAAGAGCACACACCUCCUUCAACACCACAUGAUCCACACAGGGGAGAGGCCCUAUGAGUGCAUGGAGUGUGGGAAGGCUUUCAACCGCAAGUCAUACCUUACACAACACCAGCGGAUUCACAGUGGAGAGAAACCCUAUAAGUGCAAUGAAUGUGGAAAGGCCUUCACCCACCGCUCCAAUUUUGUCCUGCAUAAAAGGAGACACACUGGAGAAAAACCCUUUGUGUGCAAAGAAUGUGGGCAAGUUUUUCGACAUAGGCCAGGAUUUCUUCGACAUCACAUCAUCCACAGUGGCGAAAAUCCCUAUGAAUGCUUUGAAUGUGGUAAAGUCUUCAAACAUAAGUCAUACCUCAUGUGGCACCAACAGACUCACACUGGGGAGAAGCCCUAUGAGUGCAGUGAGUGUGGGAAAGCCUUCUGUGAGAGUGCAGCCCUCAUUCACCACUACGUCAUCCACACAGGGGAGAAGCCCUUUGAGUGCCUCGAGUGUGGGAAGGCCUUCAACCACAGGUCAUACCUCAAGAGGCACCAGCGGAUCCACACGGGAGAAAAGCCUUUUGUGUGCACUGAGUGUGGAAGGGCCUUUACCCAUUGCUCCACUUUUAUCUUGCAUAAAAGAACCCACACUGGAGAAAAACCUUUUGAGUGCAAAGAAUGUGGGAAAGCCUUCAGCACUAGGAAAGACCUCAUUCGACACUUCAGCAUUCACACAGGGGAGAAACCCUAUGAGUGCAGUGAGUGUGGGAAGGCCUUCAACCGUAGGUCAGGCCUCACGAGGCACCAGCGGAUUCACAGCGGAGAAAAGCCCUAUGAAUGCAUGGAGUGUGGGAAAUCCUUUUGCUGGAGCACAAACCUCAUUCGACACGCCAUCAUCCACACAGGGGAGAAGCCCUAUAAGUGCAAUGAGUGUGGAAAGGCCUUUAGUCGCAGCUCAUCCCUGAGUCAGCAUCAAAGGAUGCAUUCUGGGAGAAACUCUGUCAGUGUAACAGAAGUGGGAAGACCCUUCACAAGUGGGCAGACUGCAGUCACUCUCCGAGAUCUCCUUUUGAGGAAAGACUUUUUGAAUGUAACCACUGAGGAAAAUGUUUUGCCAGAGAAAACAUCUACCACAGCAUCUGAUUGUACAUACCAAAGAGAAACCCCACAAGUAUCUUCGCUGUGAGAAAGCCUUUUGUUGCAGAUCGUCACUUGUCAUGUGAAGGUGAAUUUCAGAAAUUGAUCCAGCCUAGUGUCUUAUUCUGCAUCUGAGAAUUCAUCUGUGAGGGAGACACUAGUCUUAUUGUGCAACAAGGAGAACCUUCACUUACAUUUUUCUACUUAGUUUACACUGCAGUGUUAAUCUCAGGAAAUUUUUUUUAAUCAAGGAGAAGACUUGUAAUGAGACUUCUUUGUCAAGCCUAUGGCACUUUGUCAUGGAUUACUUAGGUUACUUGGGGCAAGGUGAAUGUUGUCUCAGGGGUAAAGGGCCUUGACCCUUUAUAUGUCUUAUGUCAGGAGAGAGAAGAUAUUUAAGGAGAUAAGGAUACACAUGAAUGUGCACAUUCUGUUGUACGAAUUAGGACUAUUAAGGCUUUGAUUUAAAAAACAAACCAUCCUCUAUAGGAUUUUAAAAUCUAAUACAUCUUAAUCCCAAUCUAUUGUUUUUUGUAGCUGUAUUGUAAGUCUUUAAAGUGAGUAAAGUGAUUCAUUUCUCUUUAUUAUUUAAAAUUGACGUAGCUUUCCUAAUUCCUUUGACUUUUCAUAUAAAUCUUAAAAUAGUUUGUCUAUUCUUUUUUUGGGGGGGAGGGGAACAGACAAGUUCCUGUCAUUUUGUUCU